GUGUUUGCUGUGGUCACCUACGAUUCAGAAGCCGAAUGUUAUCGUUUGUGGAUUUAUUCGGAAGAAACCGUUCCCGCUUAUGGACCAGCGCUUCCACGUCCCAAUGUUUUUCAUGAUGCACAAAAAUUUCGUGAAUUUCUGCUAACAAAAUUGAUAAAUGCCGAAAAAGCGGCAUUUCAAGCAAAAGUAUUUGUGGAGAAACGACGCAACACAAUGGAUGCUAUGAUUAAGGACAUGUAUAUUGAGCAUAUGAAAGAAAUUAAUAAAGUGGGGAUUUGCAAAAUUACGGAUAACGUUAUUCAAAAGUUACGCAGUCCAGUGAAGAAGGACAAGCCAAGAGAGCUGACGGAUUUUUGCAAAUUCGGAGAGCUGAUCAAGCUGGAGAAAAUGCUCUGCGGUGAUAUUUCACAAACAAUUAAAGCUACAGCUCGAAAACGAGUUCGGAUUUACCUGCUUUUAUAA